UUAAAAUUGUCUUACCAUCCUUACUCUUCGAAUGACUCUAGCGAAACCUUAUCCCUCCCUCCCACUAAAAAAAUCUCAUCUUCCUCACACCACAAUCAAACACAUCAAACUAACUUCAACCAUAAACCUUCAAUUCCUCUAAAAGCCAUCAUCAUCAAAGAAACAUGUUUACCUCAUCUUCCAUCCCAUUCCACGCCCCAAUCAUUCACCAUCGCCAACCCUCUACUACCAUCACAACCCACUCCUUUUCUUUCCACACCCCCACUCUCCACUUUCGCACCCCAUCCUUCCUCCGCCCUCCAUCCCCCCUAAACCUCACUCCACCAUCCAUAUUCACCGUCGCCGCCAAGUCCUCAACCCCCGACAAAGCCAGCGAGCAGAAAUGGGUCCACGAAGGUCUCAUCACAGAAUCCCUCCCUAACGGCAUGUUCCGUGUUCGUCUCGAUAAUGAAGACCUUAUCCUUCCUGGAGAUAGAGUUAGAGUUGAAGUUAGUCGAUAUGAUUCCUCCAAAGGACGCAUCGUUUAUAGGCUUCGUAAUACUCCUGGUGGUGGCUCUUCUUAGUUUUUAAUGCAUUUGUAGUGUUUGUGAAAAUGGCUCAAAGGAAUGUGUGCGAGUUUCGGAUAGAUAAUUGGGUUUGUUUAAUUUAUGGGGUUAGUGGAAAGGGAAACUUUGUAUUUUUUGUUUUUUAAUUUCAACAUUCCUUGGAUAUAAAGAUUCAACUUCAAGUAUAUGGUUGUUGUAGAAAGAAGCAAAAACCAAAUAUGUGCUUUGUUCUCUGAUUUUGCACUACUUAUUUCGGUUUCAUAUUUUAUAUAGCAUUCAUUUUCAUUAUUGAAAAUUAACAUUUGAAAUGAA